GUUAUUUUCUGGUGCCAGUUGGGGAGGUUGCAACUCAUUUCCGUUCGGCGCACCUCCUCGGUCUCUGCCUCCCCGGCGGGACGGUCGGCUCGCUGGCAGGCGGCUCUUGAUGCUGGCGGCAUCCGAACAGAGCCCGGACAGUUAGUGUCAGCGGCUUGCGCUGCCUGGAUCGGGAUCCGGGUUGUGCUCUGUCGAGGAUGUCCCGCCGCAGCAUACGUCUUGCCACGAGUGGUUAUUACCAGGAUGACGACGACGCCUCGAGCAGCAGUGGGGGCUCUGUCACCAUUGGCGCACCGUCCUACAAGGAGAGUCCUGUCAGGAUAUCCAAGAGAAGGCCAAACAGUAAGCGCUCGGGGCUUGUGCCUACGCCUGGCAUCAAACGUUCAACGUCCAACAGUUCAGUGAACAGUCAGAGUAGUUUUGCCAGUCAUGUCAGCAACGCCUCCACACGCUCUCAGCAACUCGCCAGCGUUUCUGGCUGGCAGGAGCCUGAACCAGUCGUUGGAGGUGUUUCCAGCUUUGAGGACAAUUAUGAAGGGCGUUCCGGGAUGUUAAAGAGAGCAAAUGGCUUCAGGACUGGGAUUCUGACAACACCUGCAGCCUCUUCCGAAGUCUACACCUCUUCGACAUCUGGUUACUCCUCAGAGGAGGAACAGCUGGGUUCCACACACUCUGCAGCAUUCUCUCCGGUUUCCAGGCUCUGGGGCUGGGUCUCGGUGCUGUCUCCAGGUAAAGCUCUGUCCAUGAUGUACUGGUGGUUGGGCACAACAUGGUACCAGUUAACGACAGCUGUCUCCUUGCUCGAUGUCUUCACCCUGUCCAGGUGUGUCCCGUAUGUGAAGAGGUGGCUACUGCUGGUGUUGCUGGUGUUAUUGGGUGUUUGCCUCUUAAUAUCGUCCAGAAGUAUCUGGUCUCGCGCUGAGAAGCCGGUGGAAGGAGCAGGAGAAGCUGGGAAGAGGGCAGUUGGGUCUCGGGAGGCAGCAGCCUCUGUGCUGGACCUCACUCCACAGUCUGAUUUGCAGGCGCGAGUGCGGAGAAUGGAGCAGCAGCUAGAACAGCUGACUGCUGACUUCCGGGCUUGGCUGGACCGAGGCAGUGGGCGUGAUCAGUCCAGGGAGGCACAGCCUGAUCACCUCACGCCACCACUGACACCGGCCCACGUCACCAAGCUGCUCGGUGAGAUGACCAGCCAGAAACUAGAGGAGCUUCGGGACAGCCUGCCCAUUGACUCACUGCGGAGGGUUCAGGCUGACAUAGCUGCCAUCCAGCAGAAGCAAGAGGAGCAGACGGAGCCAGAACUACGAGCAGUUAGUAGUCAAACCCAGGAGAUGUUGCAGAAGGUGAAGGGAAUGGAAUCUGCUGUUGAGAGCAUGACAGAUGAACAGAAGAAGUUACUGGCUGCACUCGGCCAGCUGGAGGAGCAGCUCAGCCAGACCCAGCUGGAACUGCUGGCUAUGCACACGGCACAGAGAGAUGUGGUCUCCAACGUGCAAGCAUUGGGCAGUAAGGUUGAAAGUAUGACGGAUGAUGUGGAGACAGCGCUGGGCCCACUGGUCCACAAGCUGCUCUUUGGUUCAUCUUCGGAGAGCACAGAGGUGCCUUCGGGGCAAGCACUGACAGCACAGCUGGUGCAUCACAAGGAACUUGAGAUCCUCCUUGCCGGCUUGGAAAAGAAGAUUCUCGCGGGUCUUUCACGCUACCCUGGCCACGCAACGGAGCAGAACUCAGCAGUUGUCAGGGUGGGGAUUACCGAGGAAGUGAAAAACUUUGUGGAGCAAGCCCUGAAACUGUACAGCGCUGACCGGAUUGGAUUGGUGGAUUACGCACUGGAAUCUGCUGGUGCCAGUGUAAUCAGCACUCGCUGUUCCGAGACCUUUGAGACCAAGACUGCUCUUCUUAGUCUGUUUGGAGUUCCACUGUGGUACUAUUCUCAGUCUCCCAGAGCUGUCAUUCAGCCCGAUGUUCAUCCUGGGAAUUGUUGGGCAUUUAAAGGCUCCCAAGGCUUUGUUGUCAUCCAGCUUGCUGCCCGGAUCAGGCCCACGGCCUUUACCCUAGAGCACAUUCCAAAGUCAAUUGCUCUCCUUGGAUCAACCAGCAGUGCCCCUCGUGACUUUUCUGUCUUUGGCUUAGAUGAUGAGAAUCGGGAAGAAGGGUUCCUGUUCGGACAGUACACGUAUAGCCAGGAAGCGGAUUCAAUCCAGACAUUCCACGUGCAGAAUAAAGAUCUUGCAGCAUACCAAGUCAUUGAACUGAGGGUGAAUAGCAACUGGGGUCAUCCUGAAUACACCUGCCUCUACCGGUUCCGUGUCCAUGGAGAACCAAUGAUGUAAUGCCAGGAGUCUGCCACCCUGAAUUCUACGUCCUUUCAUGCACCUGACCAGGUUUUAUUUUCUCCACAUCUGAAGCUUCAGUGUUGGUGACUGUUCUAACUGCUGCCCAAACUCUGCUCUGCUAUGUUGCUUGUUGCAAAUAAAACAAAAAUGAAGCACAUUUUACAGGAAGGAACUACAAAGGUAUUUAGAACUGGAAAGUGUUGAACAGAAACUCUCAAUUCCAAGAUUACAAAUAUCCUAAACCAUGAAUAAUUUGGAGGAGAGUGAUAGGAAGAAAUCUUUUGGAUGCCACUGUUUAUGAAAUUUUCCCUAUCACAAUACACCCUUCAGAUUUGAUGUCCACCUGUUCAUCCCAGUGGAAAAGUUUGAGCACUCAUUUUCAUUAUGGAUUUUGGGACACAUAGAACGACUUUAAACUUCUUAUGCAGGACAUUCAAUUAAUUCCAUAGCAUUGAUUCGAAGUUGAUUUCCUGUCAACUGCAACAAUGAAAUGCAAGGAAACACUGACAAACAAAGUGUGUCACCUUUUUUUAAGAGGCAUCUGGGCUUUUACUCUUGUAAAUAACCAUUAACUUCAACUGGGUGUAGAGUUUGCAAACAGUGGAACAUUUAUAUUCAUCUAGGAACUGUUAUGCACCUGACUGAAAUUUCAUUAGAAUCCCCACACAUAUACCAGUCCAAGGAUGGACCAAUGCAGGCAUUGUGUCUGUCAGGAAUAAACUGUUGCCAUGCUGCACAAAUGCUUGUUCCGAUCGAGUGUCCAAUUGCACUGCCAUUAAUAGGUACUAUUUUAACUAAAAUUAAUAAUUUUCAGAAACAAAUCGUUGACAUAAAUCCACUCCACCUCACAGACCUUUAACAAGAAUAUUAUGCAAGUUUGCCAGCACAACACACAACUCUUGGCUUGGUGUGGAAUAUAGAAGAAUGCCAAUAUUUCAGGUAUCUUUGUAAGAAUUCUAAUUCCUACCAGUAAGUAGCCUUGGUUAAGCCAAGAUUAAUCAUUAUCUGAAAAUCUACAUUCCCUUUGUCUGUGUUUAUGCAUGGGUAGUGAACAAAGCUGAUAAGUUAUUGCCCAUUGCUAGUUGCAUUAACAGACACACUCAUCUGGACUGGAGUUCCUUCCUGAGUCACCUGCUUUCAUGGUUACUUUCCAGAUUACAGCUGUGACAAAUGACUGACAUUUAAAUGAAUUUCAUUUUGAGCUGGCCAGUCUCUUUAAUUUUUUCAUUUCUCAGGUUGAGGACAUCUUUGGCAAACCCUACGUUUACUGCCAAAUUCUAAUUGCCCAUUCAGUAGCUUAACUGCAGUGCUGCUGUAUCUUUUUUGGAAGGUUCCUGGUUCCGUACUAUGACUAUUACACUGCUCAGUGUAAUGAGCAGCAAGGCUUCUGCAAAAUCUGUGCCCUCUUAGCAUUAGCUAGGGUGUGGUGAAUUUCUGUUAAAACUUGUUAUCUAGUGGUUCAGUCACUAAACAAGCCGGAAUGGCAAGCCCUUUGUUGCAGUUUGUGGAUAUGAUUUUGACUUGCAGCUAAUACUGUUUAUGCAUUUGUAAAAUUUUUAUUUGUGCUCUGCUCGCCCACCAUCAAGGUUAACAAUCAGUCGAUAUCUUUGGCAACUAAUGAAUUUCCUCAAUAUUCGAUCAAGUGCUGAAAUUACAAUGUUAAUGGAGAAAAAGCACUCAACAGAAUUUCAAAGGAUUCACAAAGCUAAUUUUCUGUUUUUGAAUUAAGAGUCAAAAUAUUUUUUUAUUAUUUUUGAAACAGGAAUAAAAUGAAAUCCAGUAAUGGUUAAACGACUGGGUUUGUUUAAAGACCCAUCUGGUUCACUAAUGUCCUUGCUGGAAGGAAACCUCUCCAUCUCAGGUCUGGCCUACAAGUAACCCCAAAUCCAUGGCAAUUUGGUAUGUACAUUAAUUGUCCUCUGAAUGGCUUAGCAAUCUACAUGAUUUUACCAAAAUAAAAUUAGUGAUCCAAAAAAAAUGGUUCAGCUGGGGAUAGGCUAUAAAUAUUAAUGUUGUCAAUGACACCCACAUCUGGACUAAUGUAUUUCAUUGCACCAAAUCAUCACAGAUGCAAGGUCUUGCUGUGCUGAAGUUUGACAACAUUACUGAAGCACAACGAGAGCAGGCCCCACAAAGUUAUUACCCAAUGUUAAACUUGUUAUAUUUCAUUAUAGCCCACUUUACCAUCCAAUCAACUUUAUACACAUUAUGCAUUUGACCUGAAAUGCUCUUCCAGUGUUAACUUCUACUGGAAUUGUAAAAAUUAUUAAUUUUUAAUUACAUCUUUUUCUUUUAUUGUUGAGCAAAAGAAACAUGUUGGGAAAAUGUUAAAGGCUUCAGCUCCUACUAAUCAGUAUUGUGUGGCAUUACAUAAGAUGAUGGUUACAAAUCUGUCUUAUUUGGGCAUUUGAUGUUGUAGUAAAGGCUUUUAUGAUUUAAUAUUGUAUACAAUGGAGGAAUUUUAAAACUGGGAUUAAGAAAUCAAUGAAUAGUUUUGAAAAUUUUUCUCCAGACCUUUUGCAUAUUUUUGUACAGUGUAUAGCAUUCAAUGUAUUUGAUUCUGAAGUGCAAUAUUCAGUUACAGUUAAAGGAAAGAUACUUAUUUGAUAUUUAUUAUUUAACAUUUUGUUAUCUUUCAUUUUUUUGAAAUCAACUCCAAUAUUUCUGUAAACAUGUCAGGAAAAGUGAAAAACAAGUUAAUUCAAUUGUUAACAAACAGGUACUCAAAGAAAAGCAAAAGAAAAAUCUUAAAUACUCAGCAGGCCAAGUAGGAUCUAUAGAAGGAAAAACAUCUUUUUGGGUUGAUGACCUUUCAACAGAAAUCUUCUAAAAUAUUAGCUGUUUUCCCCCGCACAAAUCCUGCUUCAUCUACUGAGCGUUUCCAGUAUUGUUUUUAUUUACUGAAAGAAACAUGCAAGGCCAACAUGCCUUCUGCUGCCAUGAUCUGCACUUGUUGCCAAUAUGGAUCAUGGUUUGUAGAUGAACAGGAAACUUCACAUUGUUUUUUGGAUGAUUUUUACAUUUGUUCAUCUAAAUCAUAAAUUUGUAUCUCUGGCAAAACCAGAAUUUAUGCACAUCCAUAUUUGCCCUAGAGAAGGUGGUGUUUAUGUUUCAUAUACACAAAGUAUCAAAAAUACUAAAUUUGAUCUCUAUAAAGCUUCUUGGGCUAUUUUACUACAUGAAAGUACUAUUCAUGUGCAAGUUGUUAUUAUAAACUUGAAGGAUAAAAUGUGCUUUAGUUAUCUAGUGCAUUGAUGUGACCUCAUCUGGUGUACCAUGUACUGUAUUGAUCUCCUUGUUUAGGGAAGGUUGUUAGUGGACUGGAAGCAAUUGAGAAGAUUUAUUAAACUAAUGCCUGGAAAAGGUGGUCUGUGUUUGAGAAAUGGUUGGAAGAAGUGAGGUUUGUAUCUCCUGCAGUGUAGAAGACAGAGAAGAGAUUAAUUUGAAACAUGCAUGUUCCUGAGGGGUCUUGACAAGAUGGAUGUUUCCUUUUCUGGGAGAAUCUCGAACAAGGUGGUCACUGAAUUCUUUUGAGGAUCAGGAUCCUUUGGGACUCUCUUCCUCAGGGUGGUGGAAGCAAAGUCCUUGAAUAUUUUUAAGGUGGAGAUAGGCACAUUUUUGAAGAACAAGGCUUAACGAGGAUAGAUGGGAAUGUGGACCUGAGGUUACUAUUAGAUCAGCCAUGAUCUUGUUAAAUUGCAGAGCAGGUUUGAGGGGUCAGGUGGUCUACCCUGCUCCUAAUUUGUAUGUUCAUUUGUAUGAUUUGUAACAAAUAUUAAGAGUUACAGGUUUCUGUAACUUAAAUCCUUUUGGUGUAUGUAGCCUAUUGAUGACUGCAAGUUAAAUCUAAUUAAGUGAAAGUUAUUUUGUUCAACUGAUGUGCAUCAACCUCCUGUCAGUGAAUGGGAUCAAUGGUGGGAGUGUUAGUGUACCAGACAAGCAAACACCAUUUAAGUUCAUUUGAUUUUUUUUUUCUUCACAAAUUAGGCAGUAAUUUAUGGAAUUGAAUGCCAGUGAUGCAUGGUAUAUUCAAAAACUGUUUAAAGAACUGAGUAGAUGCCCACCCUAGCUACCAUGCUGACUGCAAAGCUUUAUUGCGCCUAUACAAGAUCACUAAACCACCUAUACAAUUGCAGUAUGCAUCUGCCACAAGGCCUUCAAGCUUAGCACCUUCUGCUAUACAGUGCAAAAUACAGUUCAGAAUGAAAUCAGAAAUUCCCUCAUUAAAGUUUUAACUAAUUGACAGCAGCUAUUUAAUCCAAUUCGGUUGAAGAUGCAAGAGAUCUGGCUAACAGUACAUCAGGAGCUUUUUUAAUCCUUUUGUCUAUGUUAUUGUCACUGUCAGUUCUUGUUUGUUUGUCCACGUGAUUUUGUUCAUGUAUUCAAAGUUAUGUGUGGAACAAGGAGAAGGGAAUACUUUGCUAAAUAGCUACUUCCACCCUGUAGUAUGUCUAUUUAAGGAAAGUCAAUUUAGAACGCAAACACUGCAAGUGCUUUGGGGAAGGGUAAAUGCAAAAGCAGGUGCUGUCUGUAAUAAAAUUCCUACUCUGAACCAAAUUCCAGUGUGAAUCUAACAUACUACUGUUAUCUUUAUCUAAAGAGCCACAUGGAAACAGCAUUUCUGGUUUACUUUCCAACUAACAAUGGCACCUGCUUUAAGGUACCCUACUGGCCAGUCCACCUAGGCCUUUGCACUAUGAGCUAUUGACCUUCCCCCCAACGACAGUGUUAUAGUACUGUACUAGUGUCAGACAGAGGCACUGAUUGUGGUGAGGCCUUAUCCUCUGCCCACAGUUAGUUCUUUCCCCAAGACUACAAAUUGCCAACAGUCAUUUAAUCUGUGCUAGACAAACAAGAAACAAGUUGCUCUGCUGCUUCAAUGACCCAAAUUCCAGUGUAAAUCUAGAAAUACGGUUCACAGAUUUUGAAGGUUAAGUUCCAUUUCAUUUGUGCUGCUUUCCUUUCCCUGCACCAUUUAAUUGUAAAGCAUAUUGAAUUUAUUUACUCUAUGGUACACAAGUUUCUUUCAAAUUAUUAAAAUUAACUUUUCAAUAGUUAUUAACAGCUUGGCAAUAAGAAAUGAAGCUUAGAUUAUAUACAGAACAAGUUGAUGCAACAGCUUAGGAUGCUAUCUUUCAGCAUCAUGGACUGUAUUUUAAACAAGAUAUGGACUAGAAUCAUGUCAUUGCCCAACCUGAAAAUAAAUUGCAGACAGUUGUACUAAUUGGCAAUCUGACCAAGGGAUUUCCAAUGGAAAAUGGAGGCAAUAAAUUGGGCAAGACUUUUGAGAGUUUGGUGUAUGUUCAUUGGAGGCUGCAUAGUGCAAGCUUUAAUGUGCAUCCAGUAUUGUACUAUACCUGGUAUGCAAGUUAUUGACUUGUGGGCCUGAAAUGAAGCAGUUCUAUUUUCUGAUUUAACAUCCAUCACCUUGUACUUUUAAAGAAAAAUCAGGGUUUUUUUUAAAAUUACUACCAUAUAAUUCAAGAGAUAAAUAAAAAGCAAUUGGCCAGAAAGCAUCUGAUGCAAAGUAAAAAGGCUGAGGGCAUAAAGCCGGAAAAUUCCCCACACUUAUUUACCAUGCUGUCAUGUUGAUUUCAUUUUGCAAUCUUGUAUUUGCACUAGCAUCAGCAAGAUUAAGAUUGGAAUCUUCUAAUUUUGUUCUCCUCCCCUAUACGGUUUUAUUUCCUGUGGUCAGUGUUUAUAAUAUGUUAAACUAAUUUGAAAAAAUGUCAUAAGACCAAUGCUAGUUGCCAAGUAGUAUAGCUUAAUGACCUGCAGUUGUUAACUCUACCUGCUUUAUGUAUCAUGAGGCAAUAUUUGCACUACUAUGCUAUUGCACUGCUCAAAGCACCUUUAAGAUACGUUAAAGGAUUUGUCACAAUGAUUCAAAGAGAACCAGCAAAAUGAAGUUAAACUAUUGCCAGCUAAUGUUUUUACAUAAUUAAUGUAUGAAAGUAUUAAUUUAUUGACAGGGCUACCAUCUAUAUAAAAAAAUAUAUGGACAUGAAAAGGGUGUUUUAUUUCUUAAAAUUGGUCUGCUUUCUUUAAAAAGAAUAAAUGCAAUAGUUGAAGAAGCAGAAGAGUUAUCUAUGCUGUGCAAGGCAGUAGGUUUUAACCAAAAUAUAAAUGUAAAAACUACUUAAUACAAGAGAUAAACAUUGCAUUUCUCCCCUAAUAUGCCUAAUAUUAGUGUUUUGUCAGUGCAACACUGAUUUCAUGUAUUAUUGUGAUAAAACAAUGGUUUGACUCCUGAUAAUAUAUACAGGGAUAUUUUACUUUAAAGCUUGCAAGUGAAAUGCAAAAGUACCAGUAUUUUUUCAUUCUCGUUUUUUUUUCUCUAAAAGUCUGUCCUGUUACUGCUUAUUGUUUACAAUAAAAAUAAUCAAAUAUACCCUUUACUUUUUUGUAUGUAUUAUACAUUAUCAAUUCUACCAUGACAUAAUUACUUGAUCAAUGCAAGUAUUUUCUACACCACUUAAAGAAUUCUGGAAUUUAUUUUUUUAUGCUUCUCUCUUAACUUACCAAUGUUUUGUUGUUUGCACUGCCUAAAAAAAUAAA